AGCUCUACCAUGCAGCUUCUACUCCUUAUUUUAUCGUUUUGCAUAGGUCUAAUGCAUUGUUGCAGUCAAUCAGGUGGUUGCUGUAAACGGCGGACUCCUCCACCGGUAUCUUGUGGAGGAAAUCAAUGCCAACAAGGAUAUGCCUGCGGACAAUACGGUUGUGCUCGAAGAAAAGCGUUUGGCUCACUAACUAAACGAAUUGACGGAGUCUUGGUAAACGAUGAGACACAUGAACAGGCUGAGUUGGCAGAAGCAAGUGUCGCGUUACGACCGGAGAAGACAUCCCAACAUUUAAGUGUUGACAGAUUAACAAAUCCCAAUUUUAUUUUCCGAUCGUGCUGUGAAGCUCGAGGUCUUCCAGAUUCCUGUCUGCAGCUGUGUCAUUUUAAUACUUAUACAUUCACAACGAUAGAGGCAAUGUUCAAUAAAGUUCACAAAUGCCCCAUCGAAGCCAUCAACGAAAUACAUUAUUGUGCUGCGCAAGGACUCGAUCAUCGAGAAUGCUGUGAGACAUCUGGAAUCACAACUACUGUAGCCGGAAGAAAAUGUCUUUCAUUCUGUGAUCAACGACCGAAUCGAUUCACCCCAAUUGAUGCAUCAUAUCUGCCUUGCUAUGAAGUAUUUGAGGGAAUGAAACAGUGUUUCUACUCUGAAAUAAAACGACGAGCACAGAAGAAAUUCCCAGGUUCUGAUAAAUUUGAUUAUGCUCUUUCUCUGCAUUGAUUUUUUAGGCUUUCCAAAGUAAAUAA